AUCGUCUUCAAUUCGACGAAAGUGCGCUUUGGUCCAGGAUUCAUCGUGGAAGAUGUGUGGACUUCCUUCGAGUCCUACUGGGUCAUCUUAAGCAACGUACCUCGAGGUACAGAAGAUAGUCAAGUGCAGGAAAUUCUCAGCCCCUUUGGAGUCGUUCGCGAGCUUCAUAAAAGUUUUGACCGGAACCAUCAAACAACGAUGUCUUUCCGAGCCCGCUUCAAUGAUACGAGGCAAGCGGCGGAGGCAGUUGCCGUAUUGAACGGUGCUGAAAUACUGGACACGGUCAUAUACGCUCGGACGCCCCCGAACAACAUGAAAUCUGGACGGGCCGAGAUCAGAGAUACUGGUCUACUGUUCACUUGGGAUGCACCGAGCUGGACAGGUUAUGCGGGAUAUGCGACUCUCAGUGAGGCACAAAAUGCCAUAGGGGCCGCCGAGAGGGACAAGAGGUGGGGAAAGGCCAUAAGGGCAUCCAUACAUGAUGGCACUCCUGUGCUCGGUGCCGUCACUGUCGCCUUCCGGGGUAUGCCGACUGAUCUGAAGGUAACCUACCUCGAAAACUUUGGACAGCCUGACGACACAAUGCAUCAGGCCGAGAGAACCCCAUCGGCCACACAGGUGGCUGGGAUUAUUCGUCGGGAACUACAAAAUCUAGGACACUUGGUAUCCUUUUACCAGACUCCGGCACCCUACAGAGACGGAAAAGUUUACGUCCAAGCGUACUUUCGCGAUGCGCCUUCUGCGAAGGUAGCACGCGAUCAUUUCAUCGAUCCAGCACAACCCAUUGAAGGACUGGAGAGCGUCUCUAUGUCUGUCGAACACCUGCAAUAUGUCGCUUAUACUGUGGGUUCAGACAUCUUCAAGGUGCUGCAGGCGGACAUCGAAGACCUGCGUACAACGUCUGGAAGCGACGACCCUAAGAAUACGAUUGAGAUCUCGCAGGAAACACCAUACACUGUGGAUGUGGAACUACAUGGAUCUGAUUUGAAGAGUCUCAGCAAUCUGAAAUAUGGCUUCGAGCGCCUGCUCCGAGGUGAAGUCAUGAAGGAGGAUGGACAGUAUGUCUGGGACCCCUUCUUUGCCAAUCAUGCCGGAAGCGAGUUCCUAUUUAAGCUGCAGGAAACGUACCCGGACGUCAGGAUUCAGUGCUGUAAACGGAAAAGGAGGAUCACUAUAUUCGCGUCUCCUUCCAAGAGACAGGAAGUUAAACGAGCGGUUCUCGAGCGGAUAGAGGAACUACGUCGCUGCAAGACACUGCGUAUCCCAAUACCAAGGAGACUGAUUGGACGGUUCGUGAAAUGCAACCUACCUUUGCUCCAGCAGAAGAUCGGUCAAGAGAACCUUUCCGUGGACUACGCAUCACCGGCUGUGGUGGUCAGAGGUGAUAGCGCCUCCGAGUUGGUGCGGGUUGCUGUACAGGAAGCCCUCCACUCAACGGGCCCAAUAAGGGCUUCGAGCACUUCCGAAUGCCCUGUAUGCUUGGACGAGCCGAUUGCGCCAAUCGUCCUCCGCUGCGGACACGCUUGGUGUAAAGUUUGCCUCUCGAAUUAUUUCUCAGCAGCUGUGGAAGGUCGGUCGUUCCCGAUGACUUGCCUGGGCGACGAGGGCUCAUGCACCUGCCGCAUCCCCGUCGCGGUCGCUCGCGAGGUGCUGACCUCGGACGAGCUGGAGGAGCUGGCUGCCGCAGCCUUCACCGCGCACGUCUUUACCCAUCCCGAAGAAUACAAAUGGUGUCCCGGGCCCGACUGCGAAGAGGUGUACCGCAGUGGCCCACCAGACACGGUGUUACAGUGCCCGCGCUGCCUGCGGAGGAUAUGCGCCCAUUGCCACGUCGAGCACCAUGAAGGCAUGUCGUGCGCGGAGCACAAGGCGGGGCUCGAGCCCGAGUUCGCUCUGUGGCGAGCGGGACAUGACGUGAAGAAUUGCCCAAAGUGCAAGACAGCUAUCGAGAAGGUGGACGGGUGCAACCACAUGAUGUGUUCUGUGUGCCAGUCCCACAUCUGCUGGGUAUGUCUAAAGACGUUUGUCAGAGGGGAAGGCGUCUACGAUCACAUGCGAGCAAAACACGGGGGUAUCGGUGUCUGA